AUGCUUUAUGGGUCUCGUUCCCAGGAGAUCUGCGCUGAUCCCCAGUUUAUCAUUGGAGGAGCCACCCGCACAGACAUCUGCCAAGGAGCCCUAGGUGACUGCUGGCUGCUGGCAGCCAUCGCCUCCCUCACCUUGAAUGAGGAGGUCUUGGCUCGCGUCGUCCCCCUAGACCAGAGCUUCCAGGAGAACUACGCAGGAAUUUUCCGCUUCCAGUUCUGGCAGUAUGGCGAGUGGGUGGAGGUGGUGGUGGACGACAGGCUGCCCACCAAGGAUGGGGAGCUGCUCUUUGUGCAUUCGGCCGAGGGGAGUGAGUUCUGGAGCGCCCUGCUGGAGAAGGCAUAUGCCAAGAUCAAUGGGUGUUAUGAAGCGCUCUCAGGGGGUUCUACCACCGAGGGUUUUGAGGACUUCACCGGAGGCAUUGCUGAGUGGUUUGAGUUGAAGAAGGCCCCUCCCAACCUGUUCAAGAUCAUCCAGAAGGCUCUGCAGAAAGGCUCUCUCCUGGGCUGCUCCAUAGACAUCACCAGUGCUGCAGACUCGGAGGCCAUCACAUUCCAGAAGCUGGUGAAGGGGCAUGCGUACUCGGUCACUGGAGCUGAGGAGGUUGAAAGUAGAGGAAGCCUGCAGAGACUGAUCCGCAUCCGGAAUCCCUGGGGAGAGGUGGAAUGGACCGGGAAGUGGAAUGACAGCUGCCCAAACUGGAACACUGUAGACCCUGAGGUGAGGGAAAGGCUGACCAGACGGCAUGAAGAUGGGGAGUUCUGGAUGUCUUUCAGUGACUUCCUGAGGCACUACUCCCGCCUGGAGAUCUGCAACCUGACCCCCGACACCCUCACCAGUGACACCUACAAGAAAUGGAAACUCACCAAGGUGGAUGGGAGCUGGAGGCGGGGCUCCACCGCGGGCGGCUGCAGAAACUACCCCAACACCUUCUGGAUGAACCCUCAGUACCUGAUCAAGCUGGAGGAGGAGGACGAAGACCAGGAGGACGGGGAGAAUGGCUGCACUUUCCUGGUGGGCCUCAUCCAGAAGCACCGGCGGCGGCAGAGGAAGAUGGGCGAGGACAUGCACACCAUCGGCUUUGGCAUCUAUGAGGUUCCAGAGGAGUUAACGGGACAGACCAACCUCCACCUCAGCAAAAACUUCUUCCUGACGACGCGUGCGCGGGAGCGCUCAGACACCUUCAUCAACCUCCGGGAGGUGCUCAACCGCUUCAGGCUGCCCCCCGGGGAGUACAUCCUUGUGCCGUCCACCUUUGAGCCCCACAAGGAUGGGGAUUUCUGCGUGCGGGUCUUUUCUGAAAAGAAAGCUGACUACCAAGUUGUUGAUGAUGAAAUCGAGGCCAACCUUGAAGAGAUUGACAUCAGCGAGGACGACAUUGACGAUGGCUUCAGGAAACUGUUCGCCCAGUUGGCAGGGGAGGACGCAGAGAUUUCUGCCUUUGAGCUGCAGACCAUCCUGAGAAGAGUUCUAGCAAGGCGGCAAGAUAUCAAGUCAGAUGGCUUCAGUAUUGAGACCUGCAAAAUCAUGGUCGACAUGCUGGAUUCGGAUGGGAGUGGCAAGCUGGGGCUGAAGGAGUUUUACAUUCUCUGGACGAAGAUUCAAAAAUACCAAAAAAUUUACCGGGAAAUCGACGUUGACAGGUCUGGCACCAUGAAUUCUUAUGAGAUGAGGAAAGCAUUAGAAGAAGCAGGUUUCAAGCUGCCCUGUGAGCUCCACCAAGUCAUCGUUGCUCGGUUCGCAGAUGACCAGCUCAUCAUUGAUUUUGAUAAUUUUGUUCGGUGUUUGGUUCGGCUAGAAACACUGUUCAAGAUAUUUAAGCAGCUGGAUCCCGAGGAUACUGGGAAGAUAGAGCUCAACCUUCUCUCUUGGCUCUGUUUUUCAGUACUUUGAAGUUACAGCUUGUUUGCCUGAAGACUUCUCAUGAAAGAAAAUCAGCCAAGGACUAAACUUCCGCAGAGAAACACCUUGUAUCUCAACCUUGAAAUUAUGGGAACAUUUACUUAAACUGAUGAUUACAGCUGAAAAUAAUGAUACUGUUUAUUUGAGACAGCAGGACAUUCACACAUCAAAGUAAAAGGUUUGCACAGCAUACUAAAUGCGAGUCGCUUAACCCUUGAUAAGUUCAGAGAAAGCUUUAAAUCUGUAAAUAGUAUACACUUUUUACUUUUACACACUUUCCUGUUCAUAGCAAUAAUAAAUCAGGAAAAAAUGCAGGGAGGCAUUUAACAGCUGAGCUAGCAUUAAGUCAGUCUCAUGGACAGGAAGCCCUUGCUGGGAUCACUUAAAGCAACUUCAAGUUUAAAAAUGCAGCUGUGGCAUCUCCCAAACAGCAGCCAUUUCCUUUGAGAAAUCUGGGAAAUACGAUGUAUCAUGAACUAAUCUUGCCAAGGCACCUAAGAAGUCCAGUUGAGAGAGCAUACCUCUGUCAUUUAGGUUAAACAAGAGACAGGUUUUAUACGAGGGUAAUUACAAAAGUUCAUGGAAAGAUUUGUGUUAUCUGUUAGUUCUGUUUUUCCACUAACUUUUUGAAGUACCCUCAUAUACUACUGAUCAUUCUUCUUACGCUCAAGUCCUUGAGCAUAUUUGGCCUUAUGCAUUUAGUUUUAUAAGUACUGAAGUAAUACACCUAAACCAGGCAUCCAGUUUGCAAACCAUUUACGAUCAAGGAGAAAACAAGCUGUUUGCCACUUCAAAAUUUUAUGAACUUCACCACCACUAGUGUUUAUGCAUGGAGGUAGGGGGGAUAUCAUUUAGGAGUUUUUAUGGAAAUGACACAAGCUUGUUUCCUGGCUUGACCUUGGGAAAAUACUAGCGACAUUAUAAAAAUAUUGCCUUGUUGCCUUAUCUUCUUCCAAAUAUACUGUUCAAUAAACAGUUGCCCUGUGCAGUCA